AUGGCUUCAAGAUAUAUUUUUGCCUCCCUCAUCAGUCUAGUUGCUGCUCAAAAGGCUUCAACAACCAUCUCAGUCCCAUGGAUUGGUAUCGGCUCCACUGACGCCCCGUCCGUCUUUACCGACUUCUACGCCUCCGUCAUUACGGCGAAUCCCACCGCCACUACUCUUUCACUCGCCUGCGCUCCUGAAUCUCUCGAUUGUGGUCUCUUCCCUGCUCAAACUCUCGUUGUCGGACCUUCGACUUACAACAUCAAUAUGGGAGAUCCAAGCCCAGACUCGGACUUCACCGCUACGAUGGACUGCGUGGUUGCUGAGAGCGCGGUUUGCAAGGAAAGUGCUAGUGGUACCGAAGCCAACUUCCCCGGCACCAGCACGACGACAUAUGACGCCGAUAUGGUUAGCACGUUUGGCUUAGUGGUCACAGCUGGUGCGGACAAGCUUAACGCUCAAGCGGAGACCACUACCACAGAGGCUGCAGAGUCCUCUGCUACGAUGAAGAGCUCACACAGCAUGUCUGGCUCCAAGCUGGAAUCUGUUGCAAGCACUGGUGUUGCAGUUGGUUCUGGAAGUGUCAGCCCAACUGGCUCAGGUUCCGUGGUUGAGUCUACGGGCGCUGCGGAUGCUAAUGCUGUUGUCGGUGGUGGCCUUCUUACUGUUGUUGCUGGCGUGAUUGGAGGACUCUUGUUGUAA